AUGAUCAGCAUCUUCAUCGAGGCAGGAAGCCCUCCCUCCGGCAGGGACUGGAUCUCCGGGCAUCCGUUCACGACCAGCUUCGUCAACUGUGAAAGGCCGCGCAGCAGCGGCAGGCUCUGGAGCUGA